AUGAAAUUAAUUUUAUUUCUCGUUACUAUUUUUGUUGUAACUUUUUUUGAAAGGAGUAACUCUACCAAAAAAAGUGUAACAUAUUAUGAUAAAAACAUAAAUCCUAAUCAUGCUAAGCAUAUUGCAAGAUACUGCCUUUCUGUGUAUAAUAAAAAAUCUGGAUUUAAGCAUAAUUUUGUUAAAGUUAAAAGUGUUAAAGGCAUGAAAUUUAAAUAUGGUAUAAAUGCUACAAUCAUUUUUUAUGGAAAAGAAGAAAAAGGUACAAAAAAAACAUUAUUAUUUAUAGGAGAUUACUAUCAACCAUUUAAAAAUGGAAACUUUAAAAAUUAUUUAAAGAAAAGAUGUUCUAUGGGAUUGUAUUAUGUAUCAACGACAAAGAAAACUAAACCAACUACUACAAAAGUUACUAAACCAAUUACUACAACAGUUACUCAACCAAUUACUACAACAGUUACUCAACCAAUUACUACAACAGUUACUCAACCAAUUACUACAACAGUUACUCAACCAACUACUACAACAGUUACUCAACCAACUACUACAACGGUUACUCAAUCAGAUAAAACAAAGACAAAGAUUCAUAAAACUACUUCAAAAGUUCAUACAACUACAACUGAAAUUCAAACAACUACUUCAAAAAUUCAUAAAACUACAACUGAAAUUCAAACAACUACUUCAAAAAUUCAUACAACUACAACUGAAAGUCAAACAACUACAUCAGAAGUUCAAACAACUACAACAAAAAUUCAAACUACAACAACAAUUUCUCAAGGAAAAAAACUUUCUGAUAAAGCUAAAUAUUUUCUAACGUUUUCUAAUAUCAUGAACUUGUACUCAAAAGCUCAUUUGUUUACUUCGUGA